UCUGAGAACUGCCUCAUGAACCCUCCGUCAACAGCAUUCUAGCGGUAAAGACAUACCAUAAUCUUCGAUAUUGAUAAACGGGCUCGGUCUUGCUCCGAACUGAGCGCACACGUUAGUGAGCUGUCAUCUUAAAAGCCGACCCAACUCUCGCUCCUUUUUUGGCCUCGCCUCGCCGAUCCUCCGAUUUCCCAUCCUUUCCGUCCUAAUCCGCCUCUCUCGGUAGGCUAGCCACGAAAAGUCGAUAACCUCCUAAUACCCGUAGUCUUUGCCGUUCACGAUCGUCGACGAGUUGUUGUUAUUGUUGUUGCUGUGGAUAAUCAAGACCGAGGCAGAAUAUAAUACGCUCUUCGUUUCUAGUCGCGUUACUAGCCAUUCGUUUGACCAUCCAUAGUCAAGUUCCUCUCGGUUGUUUGUGCGGGGCCCAUCUUUAAUGGAAGGCCGGCCUAUAACGGCAGACUCGAAACAUAAUUACCCAUCUCAACCUCUCUGGAAUAGGUCGACUUCGAGUCCAUCGAUUCCUAGACUCAGUACGCUGGCCAACGGGAACACCGAUCAAGUUUCUACUUCCCAGUAUCUUACAGCCCAGGUGGACUGGAUUCCAAUAUUUUUCCCUCAACAAUCUUCACUUUACCAAGCUCAACUUCUUCAAUACAACAAACUCAUUGCGCCUGGACGAGGCGGUGGUCUUCAGACUGCUCCCUUGCCUCCGUUAUUAUCAACCCACAGCGUCCACGUCGGACCAAGGUCUCGUUCCUCAUCCAAAGUGUCGAACAAGGAUUCCCGCGCUAGGCAGAGCUCCCAGAAUUGCCAUGCUACUAGAGGCAAUCACGGUGCCAGCAAUAAAGCCGAUCGCGCGCUUAUAACAGGCAGAGACACGCCGCCUAAGAUGCCGCCCAAAAAGUCAGACCUGUCACAUACUCUUGCUGCAAGACCUAAGCCGUCUACCUCCCCUUCGAAUUUACCUCCACAUUCGAAUUCCGUCCCUUCGACCCCUCAGCAACAUGCGCGCAAAUUUUCCUUCGAGUCUAGAGAUCAUUCCCCAAAUGCCAACCAAUCGCACUCUCCACGAUCCGCCUAUUCCGAGACUAAUGGCGCCCUGCCAUCCUUGCGCCCUCUGCCACCGCGGCAAGGUGGCUGUAGGUACGAAUCUGGCCUAAAGUUCUUCCGUCGAAGAAUACCCUACAGCAUCGGAAGUGACAUGCUAGAGAAGGCAGCGCUGCAAAAUAUCAAGAGCAAGCUUUCCAAAGAAGAUGAGAAAAAACUUACUGCAGACAUGUCCGAGCUCUUUGGCCGGUUAAAACCGACCAAAAAAGUAGAGGACAAACGGCGUAUGCUGGUACAGAAGUUGGAAAAGCUUCUGAACGAUGCUUGGCCAGGCCAUGACAUCCGUGUCCAUCUUUUCGGCUCCUCGGAAAAUAUGCUAUGCUCGGAUGAUUCUGACGUGGACAUUUGCAUAGUAACUCCAUGGAAGGAGCUUGAAGAGGUCUGCAUGCUUGCGGAUUUGCUGGCGAAACACGGAAUGCAGAAAGUGGUCUGCGUAUCCUCUGCCAAGGUACCAAUCGUGAAGAUUUGGGAUCCUGAGCUGGAAUUGGCUUGUGACAUGAACGUCAACAACACGUUAGCUUUGGAAAACACUCGUAUGAUCAAGACGUAUGUCCAGAUCGACAAACGAGUACAGCCUUUGGCAAUGAUAAUCAAGUACUGGACAAGACGAAGAAUUGUGAAUGAUGCUGCUUAUGGCGGGACUCUAAGCUCAUAUACGUGGAUAUGCAUGAUCAUUGCAUUUCUACAACUGCGACAACCUCCCAUUUUACCCACAUUACACCAACGGCUUCAGGAGACGCUUCCCGGCAGUGAUAGUGACAUAGCUUCAUUUGCUGAUGACAUCGAUAAGCUGCAGGAUUUUGGAAUCAAGAACAAGUCUACAUUAGGCGAGUUGUUGUUUGAGUUCUUCCGAUUUUACGCCCACGAGUUUGAUUAUAGCAAGGAUGUACUAUCCGUGAGGCUAGGCAAGGUGAUCAGCAAGAAGGACAAGAAGUGGCUAUUCAGUAUGAAUAAUCAACUCUGCGUUGAGGAGCCAUUUAACACCACCCGUAAUCUUGGCAACACAGCUGACGACACUGCGUUUCGAGGCCUUCACCUUGAGCUUCGUCGUGCCUUUGAUCUUAUUGCUGAAGGCAAACUCGACGAAUGUUGUGAACAGUACGUAUAUCCGAAGGAGGAGGAAAAGAUAUUCCAAAAACCGCCGUCAGUUUCGCGACCUGUCAUGUUGCGAAGCGCUUCUCAGCAACAAUCCAACCGUGGAGGUCGCGGAGGCGGUUUCCGCGGAAACCGACAGCAAGGCCAGCACCGGAAUAACAGCAACAACAACAGUCGGAGGACAUCGUCAACCGUACCCUAUGACACCAACGGAAGCCCGAUGUUCAUCCCAACCGGAUACCAGGUAGCGAUGACGCCUCAAGAGGCUGUAAUGUACAUGCAGCCUACAACGGAUUUGAUGGCGCAAACGAUAUCUGCUCUGACAUUGCAGGAGAAUAAUCUUCGGUUCCUCCAGUAUGCACAAUCGCAAGCAUUUCAUAUGGGUCAAAUGCAGGGCAAUGCGUCCCAGACGCAACCUUCGUCAACGGAACGAUCUAGAACCAAUUCUUUUGAUACUCCACCCCUUAGUGCCCCUAUACGCCCGGAGAUGUAUUACUACCCAAUGCAAUUCCCUCAAGCGUUUUACGCUCAACAGGCCUUUCCGACCUACCCGUCGUCUCCAUCGACUAGCCACGCCGCUGAAUUUCGAAGAAGUUCGCAUCGAUCGACGGCUGCUAGCGAGGCUAGUCACGGCGUAGCUGGAAGUGCGAUGAGGUCACAGUCACAACCCGCAUCACGGACUGGUAUCCCGACUGCUCAGAACCUGGCCGGCCCCAGCCAAUUGUCGAAUGGGGCCACUAAUGUUCCCGCUAGGCAUAUUAACGGGAUCCCAAUGCCUAGUUUCAUUCCCGAUGAGAGCCAUGACAAUGAACAUGAAGGAUCGAUAGCAGUCACCCCACCCGAAGAUGAGAGAGAUCAAAGCUACUACGCAGACCCGUCUAGCCCGCCCCGAAGAACAAGUGCCACAACUAGUAGCAUACCUGCGUUUGGAGAUAUUGCGACACAAGCACCCAAUCCUACUACCAACCCCAAUCAGAGUAGAGGACGCUUGUCUUCGGAUCAGUUGCCUCAGUCAAUACUGGAUAGGAUUAAGCAGAACUCUCGUCCUCCUUCACCUUCGUUAAAUCAUAACAGAGCUUACUCUGUAGGUCGAAGUUCAGCCCCUCUUGCAUCUGCACCAUUCGCAGCGGCGGCAGGAUCGCAAUCUCGUGAUACGACGCCAUUAGUUGUUAACGGUUCUAUGUCUAAGCUAUCGAACGGUAGUUCACCUCGACAGCCUUCGCAGAGCGAGUUCACCUCGGCCCAGUACGCUGGCUAUGACAAUGCCCUUCAUAUUAAUCAGCGCCUUGAGGCGAAUAAUUUCGCCGCCGAAACGUCUUUCACGUAUCCUCCUGGCCCCUCCGCACCUCGAAAAGCAAAUUCCCCGACGUCAGAUCGACCAGUCGUCGUCAAUGGGUCAUCAAACGCCGCUUCGCCGAUGACUAAUCAAAUACCCGGAUCCCAGUUGUCUCAUGACAUGACACUAAGCCCGGCAGGCAAUCACUUUCAUAUGAUGAAUAUGUCCCCAGUGCCGGCUGCGUCUGAUGGCAACGCAAUUGCCCCGAAUAGUCUACCGCGGUUUCCCAUUCGUUCGACGCCGAGUCCACUCAUUGCACAAUUGGAUCUUGCAACAGAGCAUCGUUUACAGUCGUCCGAGCAGUCGCACCUUUCCCCAGUCUACGAGACUAACAGUCCAUCUCCGAGUUUCAAUAGGAGAUUGGACCUGCCUUUCGACCAGGCGCCAGCACUUGCGAACACAGUAGCACACAACCAACCGGACUUUAAACCUGAGUCGGCUAAGGGCAAACAGAAGUCACCAAUCGAGCCCCCGCCAUCUAGGUUAGAAAGUAUCCCGCUCCCGAACCCCAGAGUUAAUGGCUUGGCAAGAGAAAACGGACAUGUGCGAGGUGUUAAAAGUGAGAGUGAUAACGCCGGUAGUGGAUGGCAAAAGAUGACGAGGGGCAGGAAGAAGGGCAACGAUACGAAGCCACGAAGCGAGGUCUAUCCACAGAGUGAGCAGUUGCCCAAAAACGACUCGGAAAGGAAGGGAGGCUGAGUCGAGUAUCACUUUGGAUACUACCCGAGCAAUUAGACGGUGGCCAUAUUUUGUCUCGGUGUCGAUCUCUUAUUUGAGAUGCCUGGCGUUGAAUUGGACAUGAUCUGAGUCCUGGUUAUCACAUGUGGAUAACGUUUUCAGCCAGGUCGCACAGCCUCCAAAUCCUCGGUAACCUGAUUACUCGCCAAGGGUGGAUACGCUCGUUAAUUCGCAAAUUAAUUAGGUCAUGUUAUAUUUGACACGAGAUAUUAUCGAUACCGGAGUUUCGUAUCGGGCUGAGAACUCGGAUUGGAUGUCUCUGGACGAAUGUGGGAAGAGAUGAUGCUUAUGUCAUUAU